AUGAGUGCAGUACGUGCAGUGAGGGCCGUGGGGAGGUUCGAUGACCAGUCAGUCACGUCGCUCACUCCAGCGUGCGAUUACCAUGAGGGCGGGCAUGCCACCUCUGCUUCCCCGGUUGAAACCCUUCGUCUUGUUAUUCGCUGCAUGCUCCAGCAUCUCAUCAUGGGGUCCCGCAGUCUCGGAGCGUUUUCGACGGACGCCCCAACGGUCGACGAGCCACGCAGAGGAGCCAGAAAGGAAACGGGGAAUCCCCAGUGGAUGCUCAUACAAAUGAAUGCAGCAUCCCAGCAAGAACCCGAACUGGACAAGACCGAUAACUGCAGCAUCCAGACCGAGUGCACGAUCCCCUACUCAGAGAGUGCCCCGACUCCGAUCGUCUUGGGAGGAUGCAGCCCUUCGCCGGGAUACCAGAAUGCCGCCGCCGCGCAUUCACAGCCCGGACCCCGCUCCGUCCGAACAGGAUCCCCGGAACGGGGCCGAGAUCCCCAGAUCGAGGGGCACGGUAUGGAGUCGUGCAUCGCGUUGUCAGGCCCCCGAGGCCUGGCCAGGCCUAUUACUCGUAUCAUGCGUGUCGACGAGGGCUGCAGUGUGCUGCGAGUCCUCUGCUGCUUGUCAUGUGAAAAACCGUCCCCAGUGUUCGAAGGGGAGAAGAGAGGAGCAGCUCUGGCUCUUCUACAUACUAAGGGAAAGAUCCCGUAUGGGAACCCAUUGUAUCCUAUCCUGAAUCGGUGGUAUAACCUGACCAUUGCGAAAUGGCCGUUUUCCAAGCCUCGUCGAUGGAUGCGAAACUUAGGGAUCCCCAUACCGCAGUCUCCGACCGUGUGGCGGCGGAAUUCCAUUCAAGGCGCUCCAGAGGAGAGCUCCGUUCGCCAUUCCGCUCUCAACUCCUCCCCUCCGGGUCGUCAACCGGGCCUGGCCGACGACCGGGUUGAGACAAGUCAAGUUGAGGACAUCCUGUGUGAGCAGGAGAAGCGGAACGAGGCAAGGGUGCCAAUCUUCGUUCUUUUGUCAGUUCCACUCCGUGCUAUGCGUCACCGCGGCGGAGUGAUGGCUUCCCCCCUUGCAUCUCUUCGGAGCGGAAGUCUUCAUUUAAGGGAACCGUGCCCGUCUUCUCGGUCGGAUGCCGUGUAUGUGGAGCAUAGCGUUGCCGGAGCUUUGUUGAGAUUUCCAAGCACGUGCCAGUUCGACAGUGAGCUAGCAUUUCCCGAGGCGGGGUCCCCCGGCUCUUUCUCUUCCGUACGAGUCUCGGAUCUCCCUUUCUUCCAGCAGUGA